CGCCGGCAACACUGCGAUCGACCGCAGUGCGCGGGGCGGGAGGCAGGGCGCUGUCAAAUCGAAUUAUACUCCUUGAUUUGCAAUUAUGCGUUUAUUUUACGAGAAGACGCUUAAAAAACGAAAAAAUAAAGUCGCUAAAUUAAUAUAACUGUUAAUUACCCGCGACGGUCGCCGCAGAAGCGUGAGAAGUGCAAUGUUUGGUGUUAAAAUAUGUGCCGUGUAUAAACUCUGGUUUCUAUUUUUGUUUUGUAGCUCAGUUUAACAUUAAAUAAUGUUUUUUGUGCCGAAAUGAUCUUUCGUAAGCGUUUUUAAGCAUUUAAAACAGUUCCGUGCGCUUACCGAAGCGUAAAUAAAACGAGAACGUAGAUCAAGCUUUCGAUUUCUGCCGUGCCAACUUGAAGUACAAAAUUGUCCUACUUUAGUGCCAAAAAUAGUAAAAAUAAACACAAACCAACUUCAAAAACAGUGUAAUCGUGAACGUGGCUGUGAGUCUCGCAUUAAGGCUUCCAUAGACUAUUUUUUUAUUACAAUUGAAAAAAAAAAUUAAAAAGUGAAAAUAACGCGAAUAGGUACAAGACCAAACUGACCAAAGUGUUGUCUUGACGUGUAGAUAAAUAUUAAAGUGAACAGAUUUAAAAUAUGAUCUGGAGGAUAUGAGGCGGGUGUUCGGGGUUUGCUCGGAGAGCUGGUACCUGUGCGGACAGAAUGGCUCCCCUCACGGCUCCGUGAUGUCCUGCCAGUCGCUGGCGGCGCGAGCGUUCGCGGAGCCAGACAAAUCAGAGGCGCACUGCUCUGGCUUCCACAGGUCGGUGCGGUUCAGUUCGGAGUCACGGAGCUCGACGCGCGCCUCUAACGAUGUGGACUGCAAGAGGGAGACGCCGGGGUCGAUAUCGCUGACGGCGUUGUCGCUGACGCCGGUGUCCGGCGGGGCCGCCAUGAGUCAGUCGGCGCCCUCCGGCAGCGCGUUUCCGGACGCCGACACGCCACCAUCGCCUGCCUCCUGCCGCUUUCCGAAGCUAGAAGAGUGUGCACAUUUCCACUACGAGCGCGUAUGCCUCGGCGGGCUCAGUAUAGAGCUGGGGCCGGCGCAGGAACCCGCGGACUCACCUCAAGGGGAGGGCUGGAUAUCGCUAAAGGUUCGCUCACACGUGUCGUGGCGGGACAAGUCGUCCACAAGAGCCCUCCACUGCUCCUGGUCGGAGGCGAGCGACGUCAGGGAGUGGACACUAGCUAGGAACGCGGACCACUGCCGGCAAUUAGAUGAUAUGUUGCACAGAUGCAUAUAUGACCGAAAAGUCUCUGGCCUGCCCAAUCUCACCGAGAAGAUCAACAGCUCCCUAGACGAGACGGAGUACAGGAGCCUCAUAGCGGACUAUAUGCACCAUCUGUCCAUUAUAGCGGACGACUCCAUCAACUGCGGACCAGUUCUUAAUUGGCUACAGAUGGACAACAAAGGUAAGCGUAUAAAAUUACAAUACAUUAAUGAUUAG